AAAGGAUGAAAAGGAAACUGCUCAAAUUCCUAAACCUGAGAAUGAAAAGCCUGAACCAGUAGAAGACUCCAAAGCCAAGAAACCGCACAAUGUUAAGAGAACGAUGAGUGUAGGCCUUCAAGUUGACUCUGUGCUAAAAACCAAAACAGGGCAUUUGAAAGAGCACUUUAAUUUGGGUCAUAAACUUGGGCACGGGCAGUUUGGGACGACUUUUCUCUGUGUGGAGAGGAAAACUGGGAAAGAAUAUGCUUGUAAAUCUAUCGCAAAGAGAAAAUUGCUGACUCAGGAAGAUGUGGAUGAUGUGAGGAGAGAAAUUGAGAUCAUGCAUCACUUGUCGGGCAACCCCAAUGUCAUCUCUAUUAAGGGGGCUUACGAGGAUGCCGUGGCGGUUCAUGUUGUCAUGGAACUUUGUACCGGGGGUGAGCUAUUCGACAGAAUUGUUAAACGGGGGCAUUACUCGGAGAAAAAGGCAGCUGAGCUUACUAGAACAAUAGUUGGUGUAAUAGAAACCUGUCAUUCUCUGGGAGUCAUGCAUAGGGACCUCAAGCCUGAGAAUUUUCUCUUUGUCAAUGAGGAUGAGGAUUCACCUUUAAAGGCCAUUGAUUUUGGACUGUCAAUGUUCUUUAAGCCAGGGGAAACUUUCACCGAUGUCGUUGGAAGUCCUUAUUAUGUUGCUCCAGAAGUUCUUUGUAAGCGUUAUGGACCAGAGGCAGAUGUCUGGAGUGCAGGUGUUAUAAUCUAUAUUCUUCUCUGUGGGGUGCCUCCAUUUUGGGGUGAGAGUGAACAAGAAAUAUUUCAAGAGGUUUUGCAUGGUGAUGUUGACCUCACUUCGGAUCCAUGGCCUAAAAUCUCUGACAGUGCAAAGGACCUAGUGAAAAAAAUGCUUGUACGGGAUCCAAGAAAGCGGUUAACGGCUCAUCAAGUUCUAUGUCAUCCGUGGGUGCAGGUUGACGGAGUAGCACCUGAUAAGCCUCUUGAUUCUGCAGUUUUAACUCGUUUGACGCAAUUCUCAGCUAUGGACAAGCUUAAGAAAAUGGCUCUCAGGGUUAUUGCGGAAAGUCUAUCUGAAGAAGAGAUUGCUGGGCUUAGAGAAAUGUUCAAAAUGAUAGACACAGAUAACAGCGGCCAUAUCACUUUCGAAGAGCUCAAGGCCGGCCUAAAACGAUUUGGAGCUAAUCUAAAAGAAUCUGAGAUAUACGAUUUGAUGAAGGCUGCAGAUGUUGACAAUAGUGGUACUAUCGACUACGGGGAGUUCAUAGCAGCAACGUUGCACCUUAACAAAAUAGAGAAGGAAGAUCAUCUCUUUAGAGCUUUUUCGUACUUUGACAAGGACGGGAGUGGUUAUAUUACACAAGACGAGCUACAGAAAGCUUGUGAAGAGUUUGGCAUAGAGGAUGUUCAAUUGGAGGAAAUGAUACGUGAAGCCGAUCAAAACAACGAUGGUCGGAUAGACUACAAUGAGUUUGUGGCCAUGAUGCAGAAAGGAAAUGCAGAUUUUGGUAAGAAGAGGUAUCAGAACAACUUCAACAUUGGAUUCAGGGAGGCCAUGCCUGUUUUCUAACAUGUAAACCAAGUUAUAACUCUUUCAUAUUUUUGUAAUAUAUUUUGAUGCUAUAUAGACUCCCAACUCCUUUUAGCUCAAUUUGAUUCAGAUAUUCUCCAUAUUACUAUUGUGUUUGUCCUAUAAUGCACCUUUAUAAGGUAGCAAGUUUUAUAUUUUCAAUCAAAUUUGAGAAUAGGAUC